UUGGGGGUCAUUUAUAAAGUUCGCGCAGUGCAAAAUGGUUCGCAGUGCACGUAAAAGCUUAUUACGCACAGUCAUAUUUAAAAAUGCUGGGCAAAUGGUACGCACAGAGCAAUGUGGUUUUGCGCAUUCGCUAAUGUCCGUUAUAAAUAUUCGCAAAGCGACUAAAGACAUACGUUUGCGAUUGACAAUCUUACAGAAAAUGCGCGUUUUUUGUGAUUUUUAGCGUUGACAUAAGAUCCAGUCGCAAAUAGCGAGCGCAUGUUCUACAAAUGCGCAUUAAAACUCAAUUAAAAGAUGCACAUUUAACUGUUUGUUGGCAAUAUUUGUUUUUCUUAUAGACUAAUUUACAUUCUUUUAAUGUGUGUCUUGGUGGAAAUGGGUCAGUUGUUUAUUUCAACAAAUUUUUGUUUUAGAAACAGCCGCGAAAAUUCAAUAUGCAAUUCGCAUAUUACGUGAUGACGUAAUUCGCAUUACGAGUCAUGUGAUUAUUUAUGGCGCGAAAUAUUUUAAGCGAAUUCGCUGCCGUUUAACACAAAAUGGCUAUGGCUGAAGAACAGGUGUCCAUGACUGAAUCUGAAUGGAAACAACUGUUAUUAUUGUUACCUGUACUUAGGGCAAAUGCACAUGCUGUUGUCCCAAAUGAUCAGCCUGUACAAAGUAAUAUUAAUAUGGAGAGUGUCGAAUUAGACAAAAAUGUGGUGCCUUCAUGCUCUAAAGGUACUCAUGAAGCAUUUAAGAAGGUUACAUCGAAGUCCUGUUCUAAGGUCCUGUCAGAAAAUGAAACAUCUGAUAAUGACGAACAAUGUGAAAUGGAUGACGGUUUUCGAAAACAGAAAAAUAGAAAAAGAAUGGCAAAAUUUACCAAUAAUGAACUAGAAGUCUUAAUAAGAGAGAUUACAGAAAACUAUGAAUUGCUGUACGGGUCUAUAUCUGGGAAAAUAUCGACUCAAAGGAAAAACCAAAUCUGGGAAGGAAUUAAAAAUAAAGUUUGUGCAGUAGGAGUUGGCCAGAGAACAGUAGUCCAUCUCAAGAAACGAUGGCUAGAUAUUAGACGGCGCACAAAGGACAAAUUAAGUGUAUUAGAAAAGAGCAGGCGAAAAACUGGAGGAGGUGAUGGAGAAAGUAAACAACUCAGUCAAUUUGAGAGCCAAGUUCAAGAAACAAUCCCGGACAUUUUAGUGAAGGGUGAUUCAAUUUUGGAUAGUAGUGAUCCCAAGUCAGUUGCUACAUAUGCUGUUGUAGACAAUGUUUUGCCACAUAAAGACACCAUUGAAAUUUGUGAAAGUGAAGAAGAAAUAAACAGAAGCAACACAGCGUUGCCAAUAAAAGAAGUCAGCAAAGAUACUAAGGCUGCCAUGGGGAAAAAAAUGUUUGAAAUGUGCCUGGAAACUUCAAAAAUUCAGGAAAAAAUCGGUGAAAAGCAGGAGGAAAUGCUAACUCUUAUGAGAGAACAAACUAAGGCAAUUCUUGAUCAAAAUUGUAUUUUUAAAAAAUUUUCAGAGAGUGUCUGUAGAAUAGAGAGUGCUUUUUUUGAUUUUUUAAAAAUGGAACGACAUUUGGUGCUUGCUGUGGAGAAUGAAGAGGGCUCUAUUAGCAGUCUUGCAGACGAUAGUAUCGAUUUACAAAAGGAUCCUUUUUUGUGUCCUGUAAUUGCAGAAACUAAUGUUCAAUCAAGUAAUGUUGUUACAAAUGAGAACAUGACUACUACAAAGUUGUCUGUUGACAAUGUGCCUGAUGUUGAUGUACUAUUUUUGGAUAAGAAUAAGCCUUUAAGACGAUCACUCCGUCAAGUAAAAGGAAAAAAAGAAUUACUUGAUUGCUCUAGUAGAAAAAAGAAAAAAAUUACAAAAUAAAGUAUUUAUAUUUAGUCCAAUAGUGUACAGGCCUUCUUAAUAGACAAAGGUCCUUCAAGUAUAUCCCCUCCUAAUUAAUAACAACAUGUAAAAAUACACAGUUGUACCCCAGUAAACACUCAAAUGGACUAUUUUGUUCUAUAUAUUUAGUUUAGUUGUAUGUGUCCAAAAUAGCAAGCUUUGUUUUAUUCAAAUAAAGUUUACUUUAGAAAUAGUAAUUACCAAAGUAAAUAUAAACUGGUUGAAAACAUGAUUUUUUUUUGGUUAAAUUACUUUAUGUCUAACCAAUUUUAUUAUCAAACUUGUAUAAAUGGUUACACAUUUUUAUUUGUUUGUUGAAAACAAAUACUUUUUAAAAAUGUAUCUUCUAGCUAAUUUACAGAAAUUAGAUAGGCCAUUCUUGAUUUUCUUGCAUGGGUAUGAAAAAAAAAAACAAUCUGACCAUUUUUUGUUACUUUCUAAA